GUGACGCAACCAGGAGGACUGGACAUCCCACAAUGCAGCGCGGCUUCACGCGAAUCCCUUCCCCAUCAACACAUGGGUAGUGGUGCCUGCUAAUAUUUUCCUUGUUGAGCUUAAGUCUAAGUACACGUUUUAAAGUGUUUCCUUUUCACUCUGCUCCCAAAUGAAAGUUAAAGUCCUCUCGAGGAACCCGGACGAUUAUGUUCGGGAAACCAAAUAUGAUAUUCAGCGUGUCCCUAGAAACUAUGACCCAACACUUCAUCCAUUCGAGGUGUGCAGAGAGUACACCCAGGCCCUGAAUUCCACUAAGCUUGACAGGGUGUUCGCCAAGCCUUUCCUGGCCUCUCUGGACGGACACAGAGAUGGGGUGAACUGCAUGGCCAAGCACACCUCAAGCCUCUCCACCCUGCUCUCUGGCUCCUGCGAUGGCGAGGUGAAAGUGUGGAACCUUACCAAACACGAGUGCGUCCGCACGCUCCAAGCACAUGAAGGAUUUGUCCGGGGAAUGGUUGUCCGCCACUGUGGAACAUCCUUCUUCACGGUUGGUGAUGACAAAACAAUCAAGCAAUGGAAAAUGGAGGCACCAGGUUAUGGAGAGGAAGAGGAGCCACUCAACACUAUUCUGGGCAAGACAGUUUUCACAGGACUGGACCAUCACCAGAAGGAUGCUGUGUUUGCAACAUGCGGCCAGCAGGUGGACAUCUGGGAUGAGCAGAGGAGCAGUCCAAUCCGGUCUUUUACCUGGGGCGUCGACAGCUUCAGUGCUGUUCGCUUCAACCCUGUGGAGACAGAACUUCUUGCAAGCUGUGCCUCUGACAGAAGUAUAGUACUGUAUGACAUGAGAGAAUCUGCGCCACUUAAAAAGGUAAUUAUGACAAUGAGGAGCAACACAUUAUGCUGGAACCCGAUGGAAGCCUAUCACUUCACAUGUUCAAAUGAAGACUACAAUCUCUACACAUACGACAUGAGGUACCUGGACCGGCCUAUGACAGUGCACAUGGACCAUGUCUCUGCAGUGCUGGAUGUUGACUAUUCUCCCACUGGGAAGGAGUUUGUGUCUGCCAGUUUUGACAAAACUAUCCGCAUCUUCCCCAAAGAAAAUGGUCACAGCAGGGAGGUUUACCACACUAAACGAAUGCAGCAUGUCAUCUGUGUAAAGUGGUCAGCAGACAACAAAUACAUCUUGAGCGGAUCGGAUGAAAUGAACAUCCGACUGUGGAAGGCCAACGCAUCUGAGAAGCUCGGAGUGAUGGCCCCCAGAGAGAGGCAGGCCAGCAACUACAGUCAGAAGCUGAAGGAGAAGUUCCAGCACCACCCGCAGAUCAGGCGCAUCUCUCGUCACCGACAUCUACCCAAGAACAUCUUCCACGAGAGCAAGGAACUGAAGAUUAUGAAAGAGGCUCGCCGUAGGAAGGAGAGGAACGUCCGCAAGCACAGUAAACCAGGAGCUGUUCCUGUGGUGUCUGAGAAGGAGAAGCAUGUUGUGACUGUUGUCAAAUAG